AUGUUACAAUUUUCCCAUGCGAGACCACAAGAAGUUACUUUGCACGCACGAUUUUUUUGUCCGGCUAGUCCGACUAUGGCUAGGGAUUUCUUGUCAGGCUACGCAUGCAGCCGUGAGCAUUGGUAUCACAAAAACGAGCGGGCCGUGUGCGUUUCCGCCUUUUUUUACACCAGGAGACGGACAGACUUUAUUUUUAGAACAACUUGUACCGUAUUGGUCAAUAGUAUUAGCCACUUUUUGUGCAACGGUUUCGCCGUGGUAACGUUAACGGAUAGAAAGGCAGACUACCUCGAGGAACUUUUGAUAAUGAACUCAAGCGAGCAUACUGACACAUUACCGAAGUUGUAAUUGGAGUCUCUCGCUCAACGUCGACCUGCAUUGAAUCCCAAGCGAGCGACGUUGGUUUGGAUUCAAAAUCUUCCUAGAAGACGCAGACGCAGGCACUUUCUCAGCCACUGACAAGGGCAAGCUUCAUCAAUCUCCAAAAGUAUG